AUGGGAAAACUAAUCAAGAAGCCUCAUGCUGUUUGCAUCCCAUUUCCAGCUCAAAGUCAUGUUAAUGCCAUGUUAAAGUUUGCCAAAAUACUCCACUGCAAAGGAUUUCACAUCACUUUUGUUCACACUGAGUAUAACUACAACCGGAUACUGAAAUCAAGAGGUCCAAACUCUUUGGAUGGAGCAACAAAUUUCAGAUUCGAGACCAUCCCAGAUGGCCUCCCACCAUUGGAAAAUGAUGAGGCUUCUCAAGAUGUUUUCCAGCUUUGCAUGUCAACUGAUAAAAACUGCCAUGCCCCUUUCCUCCAACUCCUCAAAAACCUUAAUGCCAAGGCAUUAACUGAUGAUGAUUUUCCUCCUGUGACUUGCAUUUUAUCGGAUUGUUGCAUGGCAUUUACCCUUGAAGCUUCUGAAGAAUUAGGAAUACCAAAUGCACAGAUUUGGACAGUUAAUGCAAUUUCAGCCAUGUGCACUUUGCAAUAUCCAAACCUUGUAAAGCAAGGUUAUGCACCACUUAAAGACUUGAGUUACUUACAAAAUGGUUACUUGGAUCAGACUAUUGAUUUUAUUCCUGGAAUCGAAAGUAUUCGCUUGCGCGAUUUGGCAAUAGUUUGGAGUUUUGAACCUAAUGAUCCAUUUAUAGAGUACAUGAUAAACUUAGUACCAAAAACCCUCAAGGGUUCUGCCCUCAUUAUAAAUACAUUUGGUUACUCUAAAAGUAGCCGUAUUCCAACAAUGGUGGAAAUUGGCACCCCAAAGGUUGAUGCAUAUCGAAGGGACUUGACCAUUAACAGUUUGUUCUAUAACAUUCAUGAUGAUUCCAUUGAAGACUUUACUAGAAGAGGAAUCGUGGGUUUGUUGUUGUCCAGAAGAAUAGUCACCCCAUUACCUCCCAAGAAAACAUUUUUGGAUGAUCCCCUGCGUGUUCUUCGUGCCAUACGCUUUGGGGCACGACUUGGUUUUGAACUAAAUGAUGAUUUGAAGACAGCUGCUUCUUACCGUGAAGUCAGAAUUUCUAUGGAUGAAAAGAUUUCCAGAGAACGUAUGGGCCAUGAAGUAGAUCUCAUUGUAUCUGGCCAUGAACCAGUAAAAGCAAUGACCUGUAUUUCCGAUUUGAAGUUGUUUGGGACUGUUUUCACUCUUCCUGUGUCAUUUGAGCCUGGAAUUUCAGACGGAUAUGAGAUAUUAUGUGUUGCUAACAUGCGCUUUGCAUGGAGACUUUUGCAAACAAUUGACUGUUCUUUCACAAUUAAACAGCGGAGGCUGUGUCUGUAUGCUGCUUUAUUCCUUCCAUUCAGAGGGAUGGUAUACAAAGACAACAAAACUCGAAGGGUUCCUGUGAAUACUGGUUGGGUUGCUCUCCUUGGAGACAUGAAAGAUAACUGGCGGCUUGCAUUGGUACUGUCUAUGGUCUUGAGUAGUGCAGAUAUUCACUCUGCUCAACAGUUGUAUAAGGUAGUUGAAGAUUGGAUUCUGAGACAAGGCUUAGACGAAAUUUGGAAAGUUAAGCCUUUGGUUAAUGGGAAACAGAUCAUGACUGUUUUGGAUCUCCGGACUGGUGGAUCGCUUGUCGGGGAAUGGCAGCAAAAGCUGCUUGAGUGGCAGCUUGCUCAUCCCUCUGGAACAGAAAACGAAUGUAUCAACUGGAUGAUUAAAUCACUGAGCUAA